AUGAUCAACUUAAGUUUGAAGAGGUUAUUCAAAAGCAACUCUAACAUUGCUAAGGGUGGAGAAAUCAACAGUGUUGAUGGAGCCAUCGUAAAGGGAUGUGAAGUCACUGGUGGCAAGAUCAUAUGGGAAGUAAGUCCGGGAGGCAUGCUUGUUCAAAAAAGAGAUCAUAAAGAAAGUGGUGACGAAGUGAUAAUCACAAUUAGAGUAUCUGCAAUUUCCAAAUGGCAUGACAUAUCAAUCCAUGCAACCUCAUCUUUUGCACGGAGAACCUCAGUGCUAUCUUCGUGCAGCAAGGAGAUAGCACCUCCGUGCGUGCAUAAUACGGAGCAGGUCUCCUCACGCUGUGCAGAGAUCACUCCGCACUGUGCGGAGCUAUUGCUCAGCUCCGCACGGAGUAAUGCUCCGCACGGCGUGCAUAGCGUCAACUCUGGACAGUGA